AACGAAUUCGUGUCUCUUAGUUUGUUUACGUUUAGUUUAAAAAUUUUUCUUUUUAAUUUCUAGAAACAUUGAAAAUGCCUCAGUUAAUUUAGUGCCUUUUAACAAACCCUCGAUGGUUUCAAACGCGAAAAUCGACGGAUUAUGAAAUCUGCUUUUGUAAGACUGUACCCUUGGACUUUUAACUCAAAACGUUAACCUCAAAAUUUCUGUCAUUUGGUCAUUUUCGUCAAGUCUUUCGGUUUGUUGUGACUGUGAUAGUGAAAAUUACGGUGUUUUAGUGAUUUGGUGUGAUUAACGGCAUCUCUUCAAAAUUUUCCGCGUGUGUAACUUACGGUUUUAUGACCUACAUAUUUGCUUCACGUUCCAGUUUUCAAAGAUACCUACACCUAUUAAAAUACCAUUUCUGAAAGCGUUUAAUGAAUCAAUUACUUAAAUUCCGUCUAAUAAUAUCCGAGGCUUGAAAAUGCGCCAUCACAAGAAAACUAAAGAAAGUGGCUUCUUUGAGGGAGACUCUUCGGAUACUGAUGUUAACAUGGGCAAAGCCCUCAAACGUACCAAAGUUUUUACUAGAUCAUCUAGCGAGGUGAAAAGGAGAGUUCACGACCAGGAUGUGGAGUAUACGUCCGAGGAGCUCGAAACGCAUAUUCGACAGUCCGAAUGGUGCAAGAGAGUAAACCUCUCCGGCCUCGGGCGCGUCGAUAUGUCCAAUUUUGAACUUCUGAAGGUGCUGGGAACUGGAGCGUAUGGCAAGGUGUUCUUGGUCCGCAAACGCGGAGGAUCGGACCACGGACGGCUGUACGCCAUGAAGGUUCUCAAAAAGGCGACGAUCGUUCAAAAGAAGAAGACGACGGAGCACACGAAAACGGAGAGGCAGGUCUUGGAAGCCGUCCGCGAUAGCCCAUUUCUAGUUACACUUCACUAUGCCUUCCAAACGGAUGCGAAACUGCAUCUCAUUUUAGAUUACGUCGCCGGAGGUGAACUUUUCACACACUUAUACCAAAGAGAACACUUCACCGAAAGUGAAGUGCGAAUAUACAUAGGCGAAAUAAUACUUGCACUCGAGCACCUGCAUAAGCUUGGGAUAAUUUACAGAGAUAUUAAGUUAGAAAAUAUAUUAGUCGACGAAUGCGGUCACAUCGUUCUGACCGACUUCGGCCUUAGUAAAGAAUUAGCAAGGGACCAAAGUGAUAACGAGCAGCAGCGGGCGUACUCCUUCUGUGGAACCAUAGAAUACAUGGCGCCGGAAGUUGUCAGAGGCGGAACUAUUGGUCACGAUAUCGUAAGUUUCUUUUGCAUUAUAAUUUUUUUCCCUCCAGCCUUUAGAACGCGUUUCAUCAUUGUUUUUAUUAUUAAUAAUUCGAUAGGCCUUAGCCCACUUUUCCGCAUCGAUACCCUUGUGAUUCCCGUAGCGCUAUCGUGGCACGAAACCGACUUGAUCUCAUUAAAGGGAAAAGCUGCCCCAAAUUGUGAUCGAUUUGGCCCAGAUAUUGUAUAAUUGUAAUAAUUGUGG